AGGUUCUAGUUAUGUGAUUACCCAGUUCCCAACGUCUACGGAUAAAAACACGACCACGUCAGCUCUUCUUUCUCUGCACGCAUAACAGCCUCACUAACAUCUAUUCUGAAUACUACUGUCCGUAAUAUACCUAACCAAUUUUCCUGCGCCAUCAGGCCAAUCUUCCCGCUGAUUUUUUUCUCUUGGUUCAUGGCCGUUAAGUUGCAUCAUCAGAGCUUCGCGUCAUCAAGCUCUACAAAUCCAUGGCUUUCGCGAAAACCAAAGAGAGCUAUCUUUUUCUGCAAAAAAGUAGCUGACUUGGAGCACCUAUGGAGUAAUUCAAGGAGGAGAUGCUUCAUGAGGCAUGCUAUGUUAGAAAAUGACAAUCAGAGCUUUAGACACCAGUUGGGACAGCUUAGGAUACUACGUCCAACCUUUCCUAAAUCCAGGAGGAUGGGCAACCUCUUUCCCCUUGCUUCUGCUGAUGAUGGGGUAACUGUCAAUGGUAGUCCCCAAGCAAGCACCAGUAGUGAUUUUGAGGAAAUGAGGGUCAAACUAAAUCAAUCAUUGCAGGGCGAAGAUUAUAAUGGACUGGUGCAAUCUUUACAUGAUGCAGCCAGGGUUUUUGAGUUGGCAAUUAAAGAAGAGAGCUUGCUAUCAAAAAUAUCCUGGCUCUCGACAGCCUGGCUUGGUGUAGACCAAAAUGCAUGGUUGAAGGCACUAUCUUAUCAGGCUUCAGUAUAUUCAUUAUUGCAAGCAGCAACUGAGAUUUCAUCUCGAGGUGAUGGAAGAGACAGGGAUAUAAAUGUUUUUGUCCAAAGAAGUUUAUUAUGCAUUUCUGCUCCACUGGAGAGUAUAAUCAGGGAUCAAUUGUCUGCCAAGCAACCUGAAAUUAAUGAAUGGUUUUGGUCUGAGCAAGUUCAGCUGGCUGUAAGAAGUUUUGUUAAUUAUUUUGAAAGGGACCCACGCUUCACUGCUGCUACUUCAGUGAGUAUCAAAGGAAUGUCAUUGGGUUCAGGCAAUGCGAGUGACAUAUCGCUUCUCAUGCUUGCGCUGACUUGCAUUGAAGCAAUCAUGAAUCUUGGCCAAGCAAAAAUUUCUUGCUCACAGUUCUUCUCCAUGAUUCCAGAUAUAACUGGUAGAUUGAUGGACAUGCUGGUUGAUUUCAUUCCUAUACACCAAGCUUAUCAUUCUAUUAAGGAUAUUGGUCUACAGAGAGAAUUUCUUGUCCAUUUUGGUCCUAGAGCAGCAGCAUGUAGAGUAAAAAAUGCUCGGGGAACAGAAGAGGUUGUUUUCUGGGUGGAUCUUAUACAGAAGCAGUUGCAGCGAGCUAUAGACAGAGAGCGAAUAUGGUCAAAACUCACAACAUCUGAAAGUAUUGAGGUAUUGGAGAGGGAUUUAGCUAUAUUUGGAUUUUUCAUUGCUUUAGGCAGAAGUACACAGUCCUUUUUAUCUGCAAAUGGUUAUGAUGUUAUAGAUGAUCCUAUUGAAGGCUUCAUAAGGUACCUCAUAGGUGGUAGUGUUUUAUGCUAUCCUCAGCUUUCAUCAAUUAGUUCUUAUCAAUUGUAUGUGGAGGUAGUCUGUGAAGAGCUGGACUGGAUUCCUUUCUAUCCAGGCAAUAUUGGCAACCUAAAACAGGCCCAUGGCCAUAAAAGUAAAAAAGAUCCUCCAAAUGCUGAGGCUAUUCCUCAAGUAAUAGAUGUUUGCUCUUAUUGGAUGCAGAGCUUUAUUAAAUAUAGUAAAUGGUUGGAGAAUCCUUCUAAUGUUAAGGCAGCAAGGUUUCUUUCUAAAGGGCACAAGCAGUUAAUAGAGUGCAUGGAAGAACUGGGCAUACCAAAGAAUAAAAUGAUGGAGAUCAGGAAUAAAAAUUUGGUUGAGAGGACUGAUUCUGGAACUUAUUCACCAAUUGAGAAAGAGCCAGAUUCUUUUGACAAGGCAUUGGAGAGUGUUGACGAAGCUCUGAUAAGGCUAGAAAAGUUACUUCAAGAGCAGCAUGUAUCAAACUCUAAUUCUGGAAAGGAGCAUUUAAAAGCUGCUUGUUCUGACCUUGAGAGAAUAAGAAAACUUAAGAAAGAGGCUGAAUUUCUGGAGGCUUCUUUCAGAGCGAAAGCAGCUUCACUUCAUCAGGGAGGUGAUGAUGGGCAUUCCCAGUCUUCUAUUAGUGAGCAGGGACCGUAUUUGAAAGGAAAAAACAGAAAAAGUGCUAAUGUGAUGCUGGACAGGACUAACAGAGGUGCCGGUAAUCCUCGUGGAUUGUGGAGCUUCUUGUUGAGUCGUUCAACUAGGAAGCCUGAUCCUGGGUCAUCUUCUAUGGACAGAGCUGAAAGUGAACCUUUUGAGCAAACUACUGCAAGUGUGAGUGUUGCUGAAUCAGAAUCAAAUGAAAUUCAACGUUUUGAACUUCUAAGGAAAGAACUCAUAGAACUUGAAAAAAGAGUUCAAAGGAGUACUGAUCAAUCAGAAAAUGAGGAGGACGUUAAGGUUACAGUUGAUAAUGCUACCCAUCGUGAUGAAGAUGGAGUCACUCAAUUGGUCCAGGUUCAGAAGAAAGAAAAUAUCAUUGAAAAAUCAUUUGACAAGCUAAAAGAAACUAGCACGGAUGUUUGGCAAGGCACUCAGCUUCUAGCUAUUGAUGUUGCUGCUGCUACAGGAUUGAUCAGAAGGGUCUUAAUAGGAGAUGAAUUGACAGAGAAGGAAAAGAAAGCUCUCCAGAGAACUUUAACUGAUUUAGCAUCCGUAGUUCCUAUUGGUGUUCUCAUGCUCCUCCCUGUUACAGCAGUUGGACAUGCAGCCAUAUUGGCUGCUAUUCAGAGAUAUAUGCCAGCUCUGAUACCCUCUACAUAUGGACCAGAAAGGUUGGAUCUCUUGAGGCAGCUUGAGAAAAUGAAGGAAAUGGAAACCAGUGAACUAAACACCGAAGAAAAUGUGGAUGAAUUAGCAUGAGUAUAAGUUGUGCAGACAAUGUACAGCCCUCAAAAUUGAGGAAAAAAAAUCUUCAGUAUAAGGCGAGCAUAGAGAAGUUCAUUCCAUGUAUCUGGCACUCCUGGUAAGCACCAAUGGCUGCAGUCUUGAAAGGCAGAAUCGCCAAUGCCAGGCUCCCGAUUGUUUGCAGGGUGGCCAUCUUUCCUAAACCCUGUCAGAUAUGUGAUGUUUAGGAGCUGGACAUUUCUAUUCUCGUAUUCCAUCUGUUUGACUACCUCAGAAAUGAAUACAUUAUUCAAUGGCUCAGCUUCCAAUUUGGUGUCGUUUGUUUC